GUGGGUAAUAACAUGCGUUGGAAAGCUUCAAGAUCUGAAUUAACCUUUUCAGUUAAGGUUCGAUAUACGAAGAAAGCAUACGAUAAAAAUAACAAAAAAAUGAAUUAAAUCAAAUGCAACUACAAGUGUUUCCGUUAUAUUGUAUUGGCGGUAUUAAUAGCACCUGCAGCAUAACGGAGCAGUAACGUCAGCAUGAAUAUGCUCGAGGCAAACAUGCGUGUGGUAUCGGAUAGGCUUAACAACACUGUCCGGUUGGCAGCGGAGUUUGGUGACGAAGCAAUGAAAGAUUUGAAGUUGUACACCAGCCUGGUAGAAAAGCUAUGUUUAAUCGAUAGCAAAAUGGGGAACCAUCGUAAAGCAAUGGCCGAAUCGAAUGCUGAGCAAACUGUGGAAAGCUUCGACCAUUCCUACGAAUCUAAGCUGGAGAAUAAGAAUCCUCAGGUGAAGAAUCACAAACGGUACAAGGACUUUUUACAAUACGCUAAACCACUGCUAAACCCAUCGCUAGAAGGACAAUCAACCCAGGAUCGGAACAAUGACGAUGAUGAUUUGAUGGUUGCGGCUGAUGAUAGUAAUACCAUCGAUCCAAUUACAAAGCGUCCGAUGGAAGUUCCCGUGCGCAAUAAGCAGUGUAAUCAUGUGUAUGAAAAGAGUUCAAUCGAACAGCUGCUGGCACAAAAUCCGCGCGUCCGCUGUCCUGUGAUGGGUUGUCUUGCGAAGCAAUACGUCAAGCGACAGUUCCUAGAGGUCGAUAUUAAACUCCAGAAGCAAUUGAUGCGAGCGCGGGCUGCUCUUUUGUGAGGCAACAAACGAAAUUGGCAAAAUGCUACAUUGAGAUCGUUUGAUAAUAAAUGUGAUUUCUCUCUUUAAAACUCCA